AGAAAAAAAAAACAUGGACGAGUCGCAGCUGUACCGUACCCGCGAGAAAUCGAAUGCGAAGAUGGGACUUGUUUGACGAUCCAACAAAGCUAUGUUGGAGAUGUUGGCUGCGUGGUUUGGGAUGCAGCAUUGGUGCUUUCCAAAUAUCUUGAAACAGAAGAAUUCGGCCGACGAUUUGGUGAGCUGAAGAGCAGGAGAUUGUUGGAGUUGGGAGCGGGAACAGGAGCAACUGGACUUGUCUCGUGUAAAUUAGGAUCCGAGGUGAUUUUGACUGAUCUUGAGGAGUUUGUACCUCUCAUGGAACUGAACAUCAAAAACAAUAAAAGUGCCCUCAAUGGUUCAGCCGCAGCUAAGGUACUCAAAUGGGGUGAGGAUAUCAGUGAUAUAAACCCUUUACCAGAACUGGUUCUCAUGUCUGACUGUGUCUACUAUCCUGAGGCCGUAGAACCUUUGGUAAAAACACUCUGUGAUCUUUCCAAAGAUGGGGCUGCCAUUCUUUGCUGCUACGAGGAGCGGACCAUUGGACAAAACGCUGAAGCUCAUCAAUUAUUUGAUAAGCUGAUGGAACCACAUUUCCUGGUGGAGGAGAUACCCCGUCAGGACCUGGAUCCGGUCUACAAUAGUGAUGAGAUACAUGUGAUGUGGUAUAGGAGAAAAGAUGUGACAUGACAAGACCAACCUAGCUGAUCUUGUGUGAUGGACUGAACUAUUAUGGGAUAACCCUAGCUUAUAGCAAGACAUAAAUGUAGUUGGACCUUAAAAGAACCUGGAUCCGGUCUAUAAUAGGAGAAAAGCUUGGACAUUACAGGACGAAAAUAAUGGAAGACACAUUUGGACCUUGAUGUUAUGGACUGAACUAACAUAGGACCAGUUUAGCUGAAAGGAAGACUUAUUUGGACCUUUCAGAAUCCGGAUCUGGUCUGCAAUAAUGAUGAGAUGUGGUGUGGUGUAGGAGAAAAGAUUGGGCGUUACAGGACCAAAAUAGCUGAUUUUUAGGACAUCUUUGGACCAUAAUGUGAUGGACUGAGGUAAUCCACCUUAGCUCAUGGGAAGAAAUAUUUGGACCUGAGGAAGACCGAGAACUGGUCUUUAAUAGUUAUGAGAUACAUGUGAUGUGGUAUAGGAGAAACGAUGGGCAUUACAGGACCAUCCUAGCUGAUUUGGAAGACAUAUUUUGACCUUGAUGUGAUGGACCAAGCUAUUCUACAACACCACCUUCUAUAACUAAAAGGAAGACUUAUUUGGACAUUUAAGGAUCUGGAUUUGGCAUUCAAGAGUGAUGAGAUACAUGUGAUGUGAUAUAGGAGAAAAGAUGCUACAUGAUCAGCCUAGCUGAAAAGAAUACAUACAUGGACCUUGAUGUGUAGGACUGAACUGUUAGAAGGAUCCCUUUAGCUCAUAGGAAGACAUAUUAGACAUUCUGCUAUGCAUAAUUUAUUUCGUUAACUAGUGGAAACAUCCAGCAACAGUUACGGUAUAUUCUUGAUUACCUUAAUCCUAUCAUGUUAGUGAGCUAAUCACAGACAUAUAAUUGCACAUGGAAAAUCUGGGUAAAAAUGUCACUCUUCUCAUAUGCUCCUUGGUUCGUUGCCUCGUGGUCAUGUCAUCCUGUUGAUAUCCUUUGGAUAUUUUACAGUUAUCUUCACUUUUUUAAACAUCCAGCAUCAUUUACUGCUUUUUUUGAAGAAUACCACCACAGGAUCACCACAUCACCUGAUCAGUGCACUGGCAGCACCUGACACAGCACAACCCUCUCCAGGAUAGCGUGUACGCUUUUGGGGAGAUUAGUACUUCUUCAAGGUACUGUUCAUUCUUCAAGAUAUUUUUUCAACUGGAAAACGCAAUAUUGAACUGUAAAGGAACUUCACGACCGACACGUAGCUAGCAAGUGUCAUUCGCAACUCUUCUUCCUGGUGUUAGUGUGUGUGUUGGGCGGCACUGUUCAGCUUUACUCGGCUCCAUUGCAUCGUAUAUCGCAAGUCAUGUGAAGUUCAGUUUCUAGUUUUGGAUUGGAUCAUCUAUCUUCGGCCGACUUUCCUUCUCCCUUGGCCUCGGACAGUGAUGAGUGAGCUUGGGGCAACUUAAUUAGGGAUUUUUCGCUCAGCAACAUACAGAGGAUUCUAGAACAGGAGUAAUGUAUUAUCUAAUGCCUGUCAAAUGAUGGAACAAGAAAGAAGUCUUUGUUGAUAGUUAGUGAAGCUAAACAUCAAUUUCGUGACCUAAUUGCAAAUGUACGUAUCGUCCACCCAGCAUCAAGGACUAAAUUGCUGCUCACCAGUUUUCGUCAAAGACUUCUCAGUUGUUCUUUGUCCGUUGGCGAGCAUUUGACAAUACAUUACUCUUGAAUCCUCCAUACGUCGCCAAGUGAAAUGUCCCUCAAGAGGAAUGGACCCGUACUAUCUCAGUCCAGCAAGAUGCUCUGGCUGCCUUGGCUUUAGAGGAAGUCGACUCACCCUGAUCUAACAAGGUGAACCGCUGGAAGCAGUGAACCAACAAGCUCAUCAAGAAAUCCUACAGGACAGACUCAGAAGAAUAUAAGAGACUCUGUGAUGUCACUCAGUGUACAAGAUGGAAACAUCCCAUAUCUGAUGUUAGCCAUCUUCUAAGCAUAUAUGAAAGAGAUGAUCCACCAGCAACAAGGACAUGACACCAAUCUUGAAAUCAACGCCAAGCAUAGAAUGUCUGCUGUGAACAGUCAUUGGUAUUCAUAUGAGCUUUGAUCCAAAAGAGACAAUGGAUUUCACACCUAAAUCUUUACAUAUAUAUGCACCCUCCAUCUUUUGUUAAUUAUCUUCCUAGUGUAUGUGAUAGAGAUGAUUGCCAGGGAUAUUCUCCUGACACCAGUCAUUAUCUAUGCUUUCCGUCCGGUGUUAAUCAGAUUCUAAAUAUUAAUGGAAUACAUGUAGAUUAUCUCACAUAGCCUGGAACUUGACACCAAACAUCAUCUACACUCCAUAUCUGGUGGUAAACAUAUUCUUAGUAUUCACGGAAGCGGUUAUCUAUUUUAAAAACAUAAUUGACACCCGGGGGGGGGGGGGGGGGGUUACUUGACCAAAAAAGUGGUAGGUAUGUGCCACGGGCGAGACACAAAACGGGGGCUCUGGAGCGGGCUUAUUGUAAAAAGGAGGGUCCUCGGAACGGGCUUCGGAACUACAAAUUUUUGUGAGAACGGGGGUCCUUGGAACGGGUCGCCUGCAUGUGUGAGUGCGUAUGCAUCCCUAUGGAACGGGCAUACAUGCAUGCAGCUAGUCCAGCGGCAAGGGCGCCGGGUGCGCUCGCGCAGAGGCGAUGGUCGGACAGCGCUCUGCGGCCGCUUUUCACCAAAAAUGCAGCUAAUUGUAGCGGAUCAUUGCGGCCGGAACGGCGUAACAAAAAAAUAUGCGAAGCUUUGGAACGGAUUAAUUAAAAAUGACUGUCAGAAGAUGAAUUACUUGGUCCUGGAUUAGGGUUAAUGUCCCCACAUUGUAGAAGAACGGUUUGAAAUGUUAAUAUUGAGUUGGGAUAGUACGAAAUUCUGCUUCCUAUGAAUUUAUGAUGAUGCAAUGUAUUUCCUCUACAGGGAAACAUCUCAGCAUUGACACUGUAUAGGCCUUUGGAGGGAUCGUGAUCCCACAAAAGAAGAAUAGCAGGCCUAUACAGAUUAGAAUAGGCAUACCUGGUAGUUCCAUUGUUCGCUUGAGGGAUCUCUUUUCAGACCAAGUGACUUUAUCUUUUCAACAAUAGCUUAUAGGCCUAUAGAUUAUACAUGAAGGUCCAUUCACAUGCUCUUGGCCAGUGCACAGUCCAGGGUAUUCAAAAUGUCUGCUAGUAGUAGUACACACAUUGUCAUUUGACAAUCAUUUUCAAUACAUUUGCUGUGUUCUUGAGCCUGUCGUGCAUCGCGCAGCAAAAACUUCUCCCCAUCAACAGACUGAUUCACAUGGUAAGGAAAAGAAAAGGGGAAGGGGUUGGGGUCAAAAGAAAGGGAUUGGUACAUAAAAGAAUCUGAGGGUAAAUGUGGAAUAAAAUUGCUGGAAAAUCAAUGUAUUGUCUUGCAUACACUUGGCUACACAAAGUAUCAUUAAACUUGAAAAUAAAGCACUAACAUUGACAUGAUUGAAGACGUGGUAUAUCAUGCAUGACAGUGUCCAGUGCCCCGUCCUGUACACUUAAAAAUCGAACGAUUGGUAGUGGCAUCAUAUAUUGUGUGAUUGUGUCAAGAAGACCCCAGCUCAGAUUAGGCUGUUGGCCAUUUUGUGAGGGAUAGCAUCUGUCCCAUUGAAUUAAAGAGGUCAGCUACUAUGGUGACUUGUAGACUUGAAUGAAUCUUCUUGGCUGCUGGUCUUUAAAAAAAAAAUUAAAUAAUAAAUACCUUGAAAAAUUA